AUGAGAUAUUUUAGGAUGUUUCUACGAUGGGUAAUGUUCGCACUUUGUCUUUCCUUCAAAUUUGCCAAUUCGGAGAGUGCCAUAAAUCCAAUCAUUGUUCAAGGCAACAGGUUUAUUGAUUCUGUCACUGGAAAACCGUUCUUUGUUAAGGGUGUUGAUUACCAACCAGGGGGGUCGUCGGAGAUAACUGAGGAAAGGGACCCCCUUUCAGACCCUGAAGUGUGUGCCCGUGAUAUAUCUUUAUUUCAAGAAUUAGGAAUUAAUACUGUAAGGAUUUAUUCAGUUAAUCCUGAAUUGAAUCAUGAUAAAUGUAUGACAAUGUUAGCAGUGGCAGGGAUUUAUUUAGUCCUUGAUGUCAAUUCCCCCUUGGAUAACCAACAUUUAAAUAGAUAUGAACCUUGGACAAGUUACCAUCCUUUAUAUUUGGAACAUAUAUUUAACAUCAUUGAAGAGUUUUCCUAUUAUAAUAAUACCUUAGGGUUUUUUGCAGGUAAUGAAAUUGUCAACGAUAGGAGAUCUGCUCAGUAUUCUCCACCAUAUAUUAAAAAUGUGAUUAAGGAUAUGAAACAAUUCAUCAAACUUCAUUCCCCAAGACCAAUUCCUGUUGGCUACUCAGCAGCAGAUUAUUUAAGAUAUAGAGUAUCAUUAUCCAAAUAUUUAGAAUGUUGCGAACAUGGAAAUAGUGCCUCAAGUGUUGAUUUUUAUGGCAUUAAUUCCUAUCAAUGGUGUGGGUCACAGACAAUGGAAUCAUCUGGGUAUGACAAAUUGAUCGACACAUACAAAAGUUAUACAAAACCACUAAUAUUUUCUGAAUUUGGCUGCAACAAAGUUUUGCCCAGGCAAUUCGAGGAAGUUAGUGCCUUAUUUUCUGAUCGUAUGAAUGACGUUUUCAGUGGGGGGUUAGUCUACGAGUUUACACAAGAACCUAAUAAUUAUGGUUUAGUCAAAAUUAAUGGGGAAGGGGAUGCUCUAUUAUUGGAUGAUUUUUUCCAACUAAAGAAGCAUUAUACUCAUUUGGAUCAAGUUGGAAGACAGCAGCUAAAAGUUCCUACUAGAGAUGGAAACUUAAUUUUUUAUGAACAAAAGAGUAAAAAUAAUAUUCCUAAGAAUGGUUGCCCCGUUUGCCUGGAUAAAUAUAGUAAUCUCAACAUUGACACUAAAGUAGAUAGUGACUUAGGUGUGUUUCUUAUUAAAGAGGGAGUGUCUAAUGAGCAUGGGCAAUUUGUUCAGUUGGAAGACUCAGAGCUAGUUUCAAAGUUUAAAAUAUACAAUGGGACAGGUGAAGUACCAGAAAAGGUAAAAAGGAUAGAGAUUUUGCAUGAUUUAGGAAUAUUUAACGAUGUGAAGGAUAAAAAUAGAAAGCAAGCAGGAGAUAACCCCAAGACAUCUACAGGAUUCAGACUGAAUCAAAACCUCUUUGCAGUUUUUAUGUGUUUCAUGCUUCUAAUUUCUGAUAAUAUUCUUACUGGAAUUAGAAAUUUAGCGGCGUUUAUAUACCAUGUUUAA